UGUGAGUUUUUAUUUUAUUCCAACAUGACCAUAGAUGGCCAAAUAAAUCAGAGUCAUUCUGUGCUUCGCCUCCUUCCCCUCCUUUUUUUACUUUAAACAAAUUAAAGGCAAAUCCACUCGGUCAUGAGUUAUGACAAGGACACUCAUUCAAAUAGUGAAAAGAGCGAGUGAGAGAUUGCAGCCUGCGCACGUAGGAUAAAAUCAAGGCAUCCGUUCCCCUCUAUCAGUUUUUAAGACGUCUUUCUCUGUAUUCACUGGUGACAUUUGCUCGCAAUCAUCACCAUGGGAGAAAUGGAGCAGCUGCGAAAGGAGGCAGAAAGCCUCAAAGACCAGAUCACUGCAGCCCGUAAGGCAGUGCAGGACUCCACACUGCAGGAGGCAACAGCUGGGGUCAGUGCGGUGGGGCGGAUCCAGAUGAAGACCAGGAAAACGCUAAGGGGUCACCUGGCCAAGAUCUACGCCAUGCACUGGUCCACCGACUCCAAGCUGUGCGUCAGCGCCUCACAGGAUGGAAAACUCAUAGUGUGGGACAGCAUUACAACCAACAAGGUGAAUGCCAUCCCCCUGAAGUCGUCCUGGGUGAUGACGUGUGCCUAUGCACCUUCAGGAAACCUGGUGGCAUGUGGGGGUCUGGACAACAUGUGCUCCAUCUACAACCUGAAGGGGAAGGACGGGAAUGUAAAGGUGAUGAGGGAGCUGGCUUCACACACAGGUUAUCUUUCCUGCUGUCGCUUCAUCAGCGACACGGAGAUCAUCACCAGCUCAGGCGACUGCACCUGCAUACUCUGGGACAUCGAGACAGGGACCCAGAAGACUGUUUUUGCUGGACACCAAGGAGACUGCAUGUCCCUGGCUGUAGCUCCAGACUUUAAGUUCUUCAUCUCAGGAGCAUGUGACUUUACAGCAAAGCUGUGGGACAUCAGGGAGGGCACCUGCAGACAGACCUUCGCAGGCCAUGAGAGUGACGUCAAUGCCAUCGGGUUUUUCCCCAAUGGUAACGCAGUGAUAACAGGAUCAGAUGAUGCAACCUGCAAGCUGUAUGAUCUGCGAGCUGACCAGGAGCUCAUCACCUACCAGGACUCCAGCAUCAUGUGUGGCGUGACCUCCCUGGCCCCGUCCCUGUCUGGCCGGCUGUUGCUGGCUGGCUAUGACGACUUCAACGUUAACAUCUGGGACAUGCUCAAGGCUGAGAGAGUCGGUGUCCUGGCCGGUCACGACAACAGAGUGAGCUGCAUCGGCGUGUCUGCAGACGGCAUGGCCUGCUGCACAGGAUCCUGGGACAGUUUCCUCAAGAUAUGGAACUGAGGCUGUCCCUCGCCCUGCAAGCAGAAAAGAAAGCAGUUCAUAUAUGCUUGGAAAUAUGUGAAGAUUUAAAACAAGGAGAGAUCAAUGGAGGGAGGAGAAACAUAGAGUGAGAAGAGGGUACUUUAACUGUGCCAAGUCCUUUCUAAUCUUGGAGAAGAGGGGGGGUAGCGUGAGGAUCUUCUCUUCCCCCAGUCACACUGCACUCUCACUUUUCUUCUCACGUUAUGGUGGAAAUUAGGGUAGGACAAGAGUGGGCGUCUUAGUCAAAUUUCCUGUUAGUUCAUUUGUAAUUCAGAUGAAAGAUGCAUAUUUUUUUUGGAGCAAUGCAAAGAUAACCCAAUAUGAACAGUUGUGAAAUAGAAAGGGUAGCACACUGGAGGAGACAGAAACACGUCAAUUAACAGCCUGUGUAGAGUCACAGAAGCUCCACUUAUAUGCUGUUACACUGUAUGAAUAGCAUGAUUUAUAUUUGUUUUAGCUUCAGUAGAUUCCCUUAAUACUUAAACUUAUUUUUUAUUUUCUAAUUUUAUUUAAACUUGAGUCAAUAGUUUGCAAAUGUCUUCAUAUGUGUUUGUUAUGUAUGUGACUGAUGGACAAUAUUUAGCAGGAUUUGGGAUCAUUUUCGGCUUUACCCCUUCAGUAGGUAGACCUAACAUAUGUUUUUGGGUAAAAACCCAAAAUGACGGAUUAAUGAAGUGAUCACUUGUGGCUCACACACACUAAAAAGAAGUUGGAGACCCAUUUGUCUCGGGGCAAAACUGUGUCUGAUACAAAACGGUUUGGAUACAAGCAGUAACCUUGAAUAUUUAUGUAUCUGCUUAUAUAUUUCUCUUCAUAGCAGGUAAGCUGAGACCCUAUUAUAUACAUUUAGAAAAAGAAAAAAAAAUUUGGACUACACUGUUUUUGAAACUUGAUCUACACUGUAAAAUGUAAAUUAAUAAAUCGGGGGUUCUGCUAAAC